AUGCCUUAUGUAGCGGGAGGCAAGUCAAUUUAUCUUUCAAACCACUUGUUCUAUUUAUAUUGAAUUUGUUUAGUUUAUGAGUUUAUUUGCUCGCAAGUCGAUCACCUGGGAAUCGGGUUUGGGAUACGAGUGACAUGUAGGCGUAUGCCCCAGCAUAAAUUUAAAGUGUGCGCUUUACUAGCACAAAAGUACUAGUGAACUACCAGAGAUUAAAUUAGUGGUGCUGCUAUGAUAGUAUGCGUCCCGCAUUAAAUUCUCAGUGCUAGUAUAAAGUGCGGCCAGACGUCUAAUAGUCAAUGCAAGGAUGACCAAGUGGUGAGCAACAGAGUAGUCGCUACUCACCUUGACUUAGACGGCAGUCACUGCGCUAUUAAUCGGGCUGUACCAAUGCAUGCGCGCUGGCAAAACCGCCAGACAGACUGUCCCCCCUUCAGGAACAUUUCUGUAGUACGCAGCCCUAGGCAUUAUAAUUAAGCAGCCUACUCGACCCUGCAAGUUCCCGAUUCCGAUUGUGAGGUGCAUGUCCAAGGUAAGCAGUUUCGGCCACAAAAGACCCAUUCACCAAGUGCUUCUUCUGACGAUCUGUCCGCCCAACGGAGUUGCAUCUGCCCAAACAUGACGUAGGUACUUAAAAAGCCGGCUCCUCGCAGGUCCGAAACCCUCUCCUCACCUUCACCUUCAGAGUUCUUUGGAGGCAAUCGAGGCACAGAUAGUCUGGCUUUCUUGCUUUGCUUUUGCACACAGUCAAUGUAUCCACCCCGCACAAGGGCAUAGUCAGGUCAGCAGCCCAGUACCUUCUCAGUCUCUUGUUGAGGGGAAUGUUGUGGUGAUUCUAGACGAAACAUUGCAGCCUGCCACAUACCUGGCUGAUUUUGGAGAUCUGGCAUACAAUGUCGUUGUUUAUGUUGGCUUUUCAUGAAAUAAUGGACGCCAGUUGCGCGGGUUUGUUCACGGUGAUUUGUGUCCCGUUGAAACCUGCCAUGGAAUAAUUUAACCGUCAUUUGACGCCAGUUGAUGCAGUACUACUGUCAUCUCCGUGCUGGUUGUCAGUUUUGGCAGUCCACAUUCCGUUGCACGUCUGCUCUUGUGAUUGUAUUUGGCGCACAGUCAUUCGCAAAUAAGGGACCGUAAAUAUUGGCUUUGGGGAUUCUUGGAAGUACCUGCAUGCGUUGAACGCUGAUUACUUGACCGUCGAGUGGGCAAUCGACGCCGAUUCAAGGCAGUCGCCCACUGUGGGCAUUCACCAACAGGAUGGAGAGCAUGAGGCUGAAGAGGGCGUGAGUGGAUACACAGUCUUGUCUUGUCCCAUUUUUUGCUGUGAAAUCCUUUGGGACUGACGCGUUGUCUGUGACGCGCACCACCAUCCCAUCACGCAGAUGUCAUGUCAUCUGUGUAAAUUGCCCCGUACUUCUGACCAUUAGCCCUAUAUCCCACAGUCAACCGUGAAUAGCUGUAACGAAGGCUCUUGUCAGGUUUUCGGAGUUGGUGUAGAGGCUGAUCCGUGUUUCUAGGUACUUUUCCUACAGUUGGAAGGCAGAAAAAAUCACGUCUACAGUUCGACGUCGUUUCCGGAAUCCUCAUUGUGCCUCUGGAAGGAGUUCCUGCUGCAGACGCUCGUUCAGGCGAUGAGCAAAUAUCUGGCCAGCAGUGCUGAGAGGAGAGUUCCCUCUGCGGUCGUCGUAGGCUUUGCGGUUUCCUCUGCGUUGCUAAAAGUUGAGGGUGGUCGUUUGUUUGGAGUCGUGUGGGGUUUUCUUGUUGUCAUAUCUCCUGGGCUAGUGGAGGAAAUUGAUCGUGAGUUGAGGGUCGUCAUAUUUGCGAAUUUGGGAUGUAGUUGAGUCGGCCCUUAAUGUUUGGACGUUGGACAAUUGUUGAAUUGCUUUGAUUGUGUCCACGACAUGGUUUUCUUUCGGUAUAUGCAAUUGUCCCAGUUUGAAACUAACGUUAUGACUAUGGUCCAUCCGCAUUCCAGUGCAUCUAGGAGAAUAGUAUGUAAUUUAACGGAUUUUUGCGUACAUUGCUGAAGUUCACAAGGUUGGUGUUCCACCCUAUUUUUUCUUUUAGACGAUGUAGUGGUUUGUCUAAUUGUCUCAUUACACAAUAUCUUGGUCGCUAGCCGAUUACACUUGCUAUGCCUUCCUACGAGAGCAUAGUUCAGGAUUUAUCAGGAGCGCUAGCAACGAUGUAUCUAUAUUGUCUCCUCUUUGGCAUGGAGUGGAAUGCGCUGAUGAGGAGGAGGCUGUGGUCUGGCAGGUCCAUAGUAGAAGGGAACUAUUGCUUUUGUCCUCGGCACAGCUCUAUGCAGGGAGUAGCGAUCUUCGUUGAUUAUGUCAUCCUCGUCUUUGAGACUUGGCAAAGAAGGAGCUUAGGCGUUGAUUAUGGUGUCGAAUUUCUUUUUGCGGAAAAGCAGUCCCAUGGUCUUCAGAAGACCGUUGAGUCUCUUGCGAAGCAAAGCAGCCAUCUUAUGACGUCGUUUUUGAUGGUAGGGGUAACGCCGGCGUCCUGAUACUCUGCCCGUAACGUCCGAACCUGUCCCUCCAGUUGUUUUCUUGUAGAAGCGUGUGUCUCUGAACCGGACUUUCUUGCGAGCCACUGUACGGACAACCAGGACUGUCCUCAUUUCCGAUGGGUUGGCCGUCGAGUUUAAUAAAAGUGCACUAGCAUUCCAGACUGCCAGAGUUAGUAGGACCAAUUUUACGAACUGUGAGCAUGCACGAGAAACAGGGGUUGUUGUUUCACGUCCUUCUCCGACGGUAUUGUUUUCGUCAACAAGCCACGGUUAGUUUGCCGAAGUUAUGUUUUGGUGACGUUUUAAAGUCACAUUUAACUCCCCCCUCCUCAGCGAGGACGUAUGUGGGCCUUCCGCAAGAACAGUUCAUGCAUCAUCGGGCGUCUGCCGAACGUCACCGUCUGUCAUGAUUUUUGCUUAGUUAGAUGACGACUCAAAUUAUCCGGGGCCGCCUUCAGCGUUGCGUAUCGUCCACUUCUUAGGUUUUUGUUCACUGUUGUGGAGGAAAAUCAUAAAUCAACGUUUACUAAAAGCGAUAUCUAUAGUUGUCACUAUGUCCCUCACAUAUUUUUAUGAGACAAGUCAGUAAGUGCGUUUUUUCCCGUAGCACUCAGUCAACGUUUGCUUUUCGACUUUUAGGGCGCCUGGUAGAAAAUGAACCUUGGAGUUUAAGCUACGUCGCUCGGACCAUUGGAGGACUUUUUGACGUAGUGCUGCUCUUGUAAGCUGUCAUCUUUCUAAUUAGUCCCCUCUCUGUUCUAGCUUUAGCACACUGCUCCCCCUCAAUGUAAGUUUGUGAACUUUUUGAUCCUCCGCUUGACUAGUUGAUUGCCUCAAGAGGUGGUAGACAGCCACAAGGCAACAGGAGUAACAGGUAAGUUAUAAAAAAUGAGUACCAGUCACCACUAUUCAUUUGCUUAGCAAUCAAUCAAACAUUCGACGCGGUGGUAACCGUCCUGGUGAGUUAGGUUCUUUCCAUGGUUGGCUUAAUGUCUUUUGAAUUCAGUUUGGCCAAGGUGACUAUUAUCUUCCUACAGCCAGGGGGAUGGUUCUCAUCAGGGACAUCAUCAGUCUUUGCGUUGAAUUUGGCAUUGAGUUCUCAGCACGAAUGUCUAUCUGUCAGGUGUUAUGUUGGGCGCUUUUAUUACUCUCCAUAUGCUAGUAAAAAGUCAAUUCCUGCAGCUACUUAAAGACAGAAGGCCAGGCGUCAAAUGCAAAAGAGGACACUUCGCUUUCUUAUGGGAAAUUCGUGUAUGUGAAAAUAUGCGCGUCGGUGCCUGUGUUGUAGGGUUGUCGCAGAAUUACAGUACCUUGUUCCUUCUUCUGGUGGCUUAGCUACAGCAUUGCCGCGUACCACCCUCACAACAUUUUAGAUUACGUUUCUCAGUUCCUUUGUCUUGAAAUUCUACCAAGUCGGCAGUUUCGUCCUUAAGAUGCAGAGGAAGUGCCAGACUCCUGUGUUCUUAGAAGGCCUCAAAUUUUCCAGUGAAACGUUACAACUGGGAGGAAAUGCCAUGACCACUAAAGUGCUAAACGCUUCUUUGAUUAAAAUUGUUCACUUCUGUAAACGGGCCUGCUUGAAAAAACCGCCUAUUGGCAUUGAAACUGGCAACGCGCGCCCCAACAUCUGGCAAUGAUUUCAUUAGGCAACAGCGGAGUGCCCACACCAGUUAGUUCUGAUUCCCCGAAUACGUUUCUGGCAGAAUAAAUUACAGAUAGUAAUUUAAAAGUGAACGUGCACUCGGGAGACGGCAGAAUUUAUUGACCUCGAAAACGUCCACCUUCAUUUUUCAACUGCUACCUGAGCAGCCAUGAAAGACAACGGAAUCUACGUAUUCGCCUGAGUAAGAUUUAACUUUCUAAGUAUAUGCUCCCUUUACGUACCUGUAAUAUACUCGGUACGACUGUGAGCAUGCCUGAUUUAGUCCGUCUCGAUAAUAUUCAGCAUCGAAUUUCUCCACUCUUGACGAUCUGCAGCGGCGGAUCAGGAGACCUCGAUCCACUUCUGUCCAGCUGCGAAGGCCGGAUUUCAAAUACCCAAACAUCACAUCCUUGUCUUGGUUGACUGUGUUGAGUUAGGCUUUGAGUUGACUUCUUCGCCGCCUCUAGGUAGGCAUCGACAUCCAAGGGCAGCAUCACUGAACUUGGAGUGGACGACAGUAAACACUACCAAAUUACCUUACCCGCCUUUCUUUGAUGGCCUGAAAUGUCUACAAUUUUGCCCCGGUACGCGCAGACUCUCUCGUUCGAAGUGAAGUCGAUGUACCUUUUUGUCAACGGUGGUCAGACAUCUCUAGAUUUCGCCCGUCUUCCACACUUCCAGUUCAGAGCUGACAACCAUCCAACACUGACCGGCUAGAUGCUUAGUUAGCUCGGACCUUUUUUCCGAUGAAGAUAUCUCGACCAACUAAUGAACACUUGAGAGUCUCGAUAUUGCUUUUACUCAGUCCAUUUGGCAGUAACAUCCCCGAGAGUUAUUUGAACUGCCUACUACUUCAAGCUAAGGGUGGCUAAUCGCGAGGGGUUCCUUCUGAUCGGAAUUGCAGGUCUAAAACACCGAUUGUUGCAGCGUCGAUGGAUAAACCGACCGAUCUAUCCACUUCGUUUACCUGAUUGUCAUAGCUUGAUGCUGUCAGGGCAGUAUAGUUAACAUGGUUCAGGUAAGCCAGUCGACGUCUCCGUGUAAUGCAGUGUUGGAGCCUUGGGAACAAAGGCGAGAUCUCAGAAAGUUUGUUUGCUGGCUAGAGGCACUAGCCAAUAGGGAAACGGAUCUUUUCCGACGUCGGAAGCCUUGCUGGCAUGUAAUUAUGUUAUUUGUGUGCUGAUGGUCAUCCUGGACAUAGAACACACUUGCAUUCGUAAUCCCACUGGAGGUUGUGUUCACGGUCAAAGCAUUUCCAUUAUCAGUCCUUUCAAUGAUGUAACGUAGUUCCUACUUGACUGCAUUUAAGAAUUCAUCCUCAAAUGUCAGACGUUACGACAGCCUUUUUUGUAACUGACUACCUCUCGGACUGUUAGACCUGGGAAGGGCUUGGUCUGUUUACCACCGGUGAGAAUUCCGGUUUGUCGCCGUCAUGGAGAGAGGCCGUUACAGGUCACGUGGUCGUUUGAUUUUACCUAUUGAAUAUCUCGUCUGUAGGUAACGGAUAGAUUCCAAGCCGGUGAAAUGCAUCAAAAGAACUGGGGUAGUAAGUGGGGCCUUUCAUCCAACUGUCCGCUUUUGAAUACGUUCGAUAAUAAGCGACCAGGGCGUGUUUCUCCUAUAUUCUGGGUGUUUGGCUACUAAAUUUACAUCUUUACACGUUCGCUAAAUGCUAGCCCUUUAAGCCGUCGCAGUUUUUCAAAAACUCGGUUAUUAGUCAUUAUUUUGAUUAAACAAAGUUUAACGUAGGGAGUAGUGCUUUUAAGAGUGUUGGCGUUAGCUUUGAAACAUUCCAUCCACUACCCUUAUCUGACUCUGUCACUGAUGAUGGGUUCGAGUGAGGGUCCGAAAUGGCAGGCUAAUAAACUUCUUGUUCCUCUUCCUCUUCUUGUUCUUCUUCCUUUUCCUCUUGUUUUCUUCCUCUGAACUGCCUCCUGGUGCUGUCAUGGUUGUUAAUAGGUCUUCAUGGGGGAACAGCCUGUUAUCCUCAAUUUUACUGACUGGUGUGCGGUCGGGCUUCCAUUGGCUUGCGUGCCCUGAUCCCGUUGUCAUAUAUUUAUGAUAACGCGAUAUUGUGUACUUAUACAGCACUAAUAGUAUGUUUGUGCAAAACAAAUUAGAAACCUUCCAAAGGCCUUUUGAACUCCUAUCAUACGCAUUAAUAACAACGGUGCAAGUUUCUCGGAGUUUUAAACGCUGAACCUACCUCUUCGACGUGUUAGACGUACAAUAAGACUGUGCUUGCAAGUCAUCCUUUAUUCGCACAAUACUAGUGACAGCAUUUACGAAUUUUGUUACUAAACCUUAUGAGAGACCGCCCGUUUGUUCGGCUGAAAACCCCGUUCACAAAAAGGUGAUAUAUUGGGGGUUCUUCAUCGGCCUAAAUACCUGUUGCUGUUGAAAAUUAAUCGUUUUGUCUUCGUUUUUUCACUAUCUCCUUUUUACUAAGAGAUCGACUUCUCAAAAAUUAUACGCAAUUACACGACGACCGCCUCGUGUUCUCGGUGACGUCGGAUCCAGAGUUCUUUAAUCGUAUCUGGUCUGAGAGGAGGGUUUCGUCGUCUGGGGACCAAAAACCUUCAUGCUGUUACACUGACGGGCCUGGACUAUUUUGAUAAUCCCACUUUAUCUUAAGAGCACACGCAGUUGUAGGCUUUUGCUGAACCGAGUAUUGGCUCACUGCAUCCGAAGUCAGGAUAGCAUAGAACUCGGGAGUUAACUGGCACAAUCCCUUCCUAACAAUGUGAAGACUGUCUAUAUCCUAAGUUUUCGAGUUUUCCUUUAUACAGCGGCUCCUGCUCCUCCUCCUUGCUUUGGUGGUGGAUGA